CGGAAAGGCCUACGUCCUGCACAGCAGGUCUGCUUCAGAGUUUCCUCAUCUAUAUUCGCUUUUUACUUCCUUCCCCGCCCUUGCCCUUGCCCAGAAGGUCGCCGACGACGCAUUCGACUUCUACUUCGAUUUCAUUUUCAAUCUCAUCCCCAGUUCUCGACGGGACACGGCGUACGACACGAACCCUACCUCUCAAACGGCCUUUUGCCUGACACUUGCGCUGCCACCGCCACCCCAAGGCUGAAAUCAAGUCGGCUUGUGGUGCCUGCCUCAGCAUCGCAUACCCACACUGUAAUCGAGCCGAACUUCGACUCAUGGUUACAGUCCCUCCUACGCGGCCCUCGGGGCGUUCUUGAACACACAAUAUCACCACCGAGCAGCUAGCAGAGUUCCAUCUGCUCUCUUGCUUUCUGCGAGAUGGACCACUACGCUGCCGAUGUCCAACCGGACCCCGUCGAGUUCCCCAAUACCGUCAUGCGCCGCCGAACUUCGGUCACGCAACCAGAUGACAUGGCAGAAGUUGGGCCAGGCGCAGGAACAGGCACGGGGAGAGCCUUCGAUUUCUCGAGAACCGGCGACCAGCCUCGAUCGGACGAAGCAGCAGCAGCAGCAGCAGCAGCAGCAGCAGCUACAGCCACCGCCGCCGGCGAGUCAGUCGCCGGAGAUGUCGACACUUGCCGUAUAUGUCGAGGUGAAGGCGCUUCGGGCGAACCUUUGUUCUAUCCUUGCAAAUGUAGUGGCAGCAUCAAAUAUGUCCACCAGGACUGCCUCAUGGAGUGGCUCUCCCACUCCCAAAAGAAGCACUGCGAGCUGUGCAAGACGCCCUUCCGGUUCACCAAGCUAUAUUCUCCAACCAUGCCCAAGAGCUUGCCUUUCUACGUCUUUGCGAGCCACAUGGCUAAAUACACAUUUGCGAAUAUCCUUGUGUGGCUGAGGGCUGCACUGGUUGUCAGUGUCUGGCUUGGAUGGUUGCCCUACCUGAUGAGAUCGGUAUGGUCGUUCCUGUUCUGGAUCAGCGACGAAGGCUUUGGCCCUACAUCAGCCUCCUUUCCCCUUCCCGAUGCCGGCGGUAACACCGAAGCGCAUAUGAAUCUGGUCGCUCACGCCUUGGCCACCCAAGGAUUGACUUCGAAUAUCUGUCCAGCCAGUCCAUUGUUCACAGCGACUAUGACUGCGGCGAACAAGGCACACAUCGCCGAGCGCGUGCCCAACCUUCUCCCGACCUUAGCCUCUCCGCCGAGCCUCAACAUGACAACCUUCAACUCCUUCGCCGCCUCUUUGGCACGCUUCAUCUCCGGCGCCGACGUCCUAAACGGCACACAUAUGUCAUGGGAUGUCAGUAAACGCCAAGAAACGCUGUUGAGCGAGGUAGGCUUUCUGAAGAACCUGACCCCACACCCAGCCGUUAACAAGGUUGUCAUCAAAAUCUUCGAGGGUCAGAUCAUCACGAUACUGGUCAUAGUCUGUUUUAUUUUGAUCAUCCUGGUUAGAGACUAUGUGGUACAGCAACAGCCUGAGAUCAACAUGCGUGCGGCAUUUGCCGCUCAAGUGGACAAUGCUGGAGAGAACCAAGACCGCCCCCAAGUUCAACAAAUACCCGAGGCUCGAAACGAAGACAUCCCGGCGGUCAAUGGUGUCGGCCGUGCCAUGGACGAAAAUACCAUGCGAGACGACGAAUCCACAAUUGCGCACGGCGGUGAAACUACCGAUUCACACGGUGACGGGGACAAGGAUGAGCAGCCUGCGUGGCGGAGGGACAUCGAUGCGAUUGAGGAAAACGUCUGGCAUAAUGAUCUUGCGCCUGAGGAUUUCCGAGAUGAAUUAUGGGAUGCUACGGGGGGCCGUCCAUGGUUAGCUACUGGGGUUCCUCCGGAACGGCCCAUUGCUGGGUUCAGACGGCGUCUCACUCGCCGUGACACAGGAGAAGAUGUUGCUGGCGGAUCAAUACCAAGUCGACCCGACUCUUCUUCGGCACCGGGGCGUGGCCGACUGGACAAUGGAGUUCGAGAAAAGUUGUUAGAGGAGUUGGACGAGCAGUCACAAAGCACCGUCAACCAGUAUCUUCGUAUCUAUCGUCAAGCCAAUGGCGAUCGGGAAAGAAUCCUUCGGAUCAUUCACGAUGAGGGCUUGGGAGAACGACUUGCUUAUUGGGUCAACGCCACCCAGUCCAUGACACAAUACAGGAAUGGAACAGGGCUGGAAGCUGGAGCCUCGGUCCCCUCGACUUCUUUCAAGGCAAGAUCUCAGCCAUCGAGCCAGACGCAACCUGAAUUGGCGCAUGACUCGGACAAUCAUGGUAGCUCGGUCUUGGCUAACAACGAUAACGUGAAUGCGCUUGGUAGCCAUCAAUUGUCUGCACCUCAAGAUAAAGGAAAGCAAAGAGCAAUAUAUGGUGACACUCAACAAGCCGCGGUCAACAUUCAAAAGCUUGACAAUACGUGGCAGUGGCCCCAAUCCAAUGGCAGCGGGUACGAUAGCGACGAGACGGCGGCAGAAGACAACGAUGUGCUCCCGUCUUCUCCAACCAGACCACGUGCUGUAUCAGACGGCCCACUAAUCCACAACCGCAUCAACCCGCUGGCUAACAACAGCUGGUCUUUCUCUGCCCUGCCCAUUUCUGACUCCGAAGCCAAACCUGAAGCUGCCCUCCCGCCCGAAACUCCGGUACUCAAGGCAGUCUUGCCGGCAACACCAAAUGACGUGCAGCGUGGCGUUCAGAGCAACGGACAAGUGCCUGCUGGCAGUCUGACUACACCUAAUAGCAACUUGACUACAACAAGCUCCAGCGACACAGCCCCAGCGGGUGGAGGCCAAACUGCCCAGGUGGAAACUGUUCCGGUGGAACCUGUCGAGCCUCUUGGAAUGAUUCGAGAGCAAGUGGCUGCUCGGGACCCUGCUACCUUUAUCGAAAGGGUUGCUGACUUUAUGUGGGGCGAUCUUGCGGGCGGCACAGAAGCUGAUGUGCCUGGCGCAUUGGCAAUAUUCAUCGACGAUGAAAAUGCUCCCUUCAUGGAUCUUAACCGGGACGAUGAUAGCAGCGACGACGAGGAAGACGAGGAAGCUGUAGCAAAUGAUGUCUUAGCCGGUGACCUUGCACCGGAAGUCAUAGAAGCUGCGGCAGCAGCCGGCAUUGAUCCCGAGGAGGUUAUUGACGACGCAGAAGAUUUUGAUGGCGUCAUGGAGCUCCUAGGGAUGAGAGGUCCUAUCGCAGGCCUGUUCCAGAAUGCCAUAUUCUGCGCUUUCCUUGUCUCCAUCACCAUCUUCCUGGGCAUCUUCCUCCCGUAUAACAUUGGCAGACUUGCUGUGUGGGUUGUAGCAAACCCAAUGCGACUUGUCCGUAUGGUUCUCAGUUUUUCCCGGUUUGUCCAGGACAGCUGCCUCUUUGCCGUGGGCUGCACAGUCAGCAUCGUCUUUGACUUCCUAUAUCUGCUGGCUAAGUUGUUGCGGUUGGAGAGCGCUCGUUCGCUGCUAGCGACUGCUUCCUCGGAUGCUCGGCUCCUCACUGUCGAGUCCUCGAACAGGAUAUGGGCGAGUAUCGCUUAUGAGACAUCCUUCAUCUCUUCGACUGAAAUCGUCAACUUUUCGGUGGUCAGCCACGAAGCCCUGGUUACAGUCAAGUCCCAUGUUCAUGCCCUAAUUUCGGCAUCAACGCAAGCGGCGAUGUUCGUGCUCGGAGGAAAUUAUGCACCGAAAUGGGAGGCUGCCAAGUUGGCAACGGCAACAUCUGCACCGUACGCUGUAGAGGUGGCGAAAAAUAUCACAAGGAUUAUGGCACAACCAAGUUCAUGGAUGAUCAAUCUCACCAUCCCUGAUGCCACGGCAACCUUCGAUCCUUCUUUGGUUUACUGGAGCGCCAAGGAUCGGACUCUGGCCAUCCUUGGCGGGUACCUUUCCAUGUCGCUGCUCGCAGGUCUCUAUCUAGGUAGAGGGACGCCGUUUUCAACAGGCAAUACAGCCCAGGAGUGGGAAGCAUCGGUCAUCGACGUUCUCAACCAAGCAAGUGGCGUCAUGAAGGUGAUCUUGAUCAUUAGUAUCGAGAUGCUCGUUUUCCCCUUGUACUGUGGGUUACUACUCGACUUUGCGCUGCUUCCUUUAUUUGAGGACACAACUUUUAGAUCGCGCCUGUUGUUCACCUACCACUAUCCCUUGACAUCCAUCUUUGUGCACUGGUUCGUCGGCACAGGAUAUAUGUUCCACUUCGCCCUUUUUGUAUCCAUGUGCCGGAAGAUUAUGCGCAAAGGCGUACUCUACUUCAUUCGGGAUCCUGAUGACCCAGAGUUCCAUCCUGUACGGGAUGUCCUGGAGCGGAAUGUGACCACUCAGUUGCGAAAGAUUCUGUUUUCCGCUUUUGUCUACGGCGCACUGGUCGUUAUCUGUCUCGGCGGUGUUGUAUGGGGGUUGUCGCUGGCAAUACCCAGUGUCCUUCCGAUCCAUUAUUCAUCCAACGAGCCUGUCCUGGAGUUUCCUAUUGACCUCUUGUUCUACAACUUCCUCAUGCCGCUUGCCGUCAAAUUCUUCAAGCCCAGCGAUGGCUUGCAUGUCAUGUAUACCUGGUGGUUCCGCCGCUGUGCCAGGGCCCUCCAUCUGAGCUGGUUUCUAUUUGGCGAGCGACGUAUAGACGAGGAAGGCAGUCUACAGCUUUUGCCCAAGUCCGUGUUUCAAGAGGCACCUUGGUACCGCAAGCUCUUCCUCGACAUCGAUGAAGAGGGAAUGGUUGUACCCAAAACUUGGAAUGACAUAUUCGAGGGUGGGAAAGCGAAGCCGGCUACCAAGAUUCCCUCGGAUAAGAUGAAUGAGCUUGCCAAACUGAAAUCGUUGCUUGUCGAGACGAAUCAGCUUAUCCCCGACGGCCGUUUUGUGCGAGCGCCUGCUUCAGAUCAGGUUAAAAUCCCGAAAGGUCGAAAUGUGUUCAUGGAAGUUUCUGAUCGUGAUGAACAGCUGGGCAACAAACCUGAUUCGCCGGAGCCGGAUAUCUACUCGGGCAACAGCUACCAGUUCGUCUAUGUUCCUCCCUGGUUUCGAAUUCGCAUUUUCCUAUUCAUCAUGUUUAUAUGGUGGUUCGCCGCGGUAACCGGCGUUGCCUUUACUAUUGUCCCUUUGGUCUUUGGUCGUCGUAUGUUCAAGCUCCUCCUGCCGGGACAUGUCAGGACCAACGACAUUUACGCUUUCAGCAUUGGGAUGUAUAUUCUCGGUUCUCUCGGUUACUUCGUCUUUCACGCUCAAACUACACUGGCCCAGGCACGGGAGUACUUGUCAGCUUCGGCCACCUCGGUUAUAAACAGUGAAGUCCGCAGUCGUGCUCUAAAGCUCAUCGAGGACGGCGCAAAACUUGCUUAUACGUAUACCAUGCUCUUGAUCGUGUUCCCAUUGGCGGUCGCGUUGAUUGCGGAGUUUUAUGUUAUGAUACCAUUGCGAACAUGGAGAUAUUCGCACGUCUUUGAUCAAACACAGCCUCUCAAGGAUGGUCAUACUGUCAACAUUGUUCAGGCAUGGACUCUGGGACUACUCUAUCUCAAAAUCGGCACGCGACUUCUCGUCCGGCUCGGAGGCCGCCCCGCACAAGCUGCUCGUGCCGUACUUCGGAGAGGCUGGAUGGAACCCAACUUGAAGGUUCUCACUCGUGCCUUCGUCGUUCCGGGUGUCCUCAUGGCCGUGUUCCUCCUUGCGUUUCCACCUCUACUAGCACACGCACUCUUCCGUCAAGGUAUUGUCAGCGUUGAUCCUUGGACUCCAGAAAAGCAGGUUGUUGCAUAUAGGAUGGCCUAUCCGAUUGCCGCGUUAGGCUGGGCCAUGCUCUGGAUCUUAAAGGGCAUCUUCUCGAUUCUCGACAGCUGGAGAGCUAGGGUCAGGGAUGAGGCUUACCUGAUUGGUGAGAGACUGCACAAUUUCGGGGGUAUGGUCGGCACAGGCACUAGGGGCGCCACUGCAGGAGCCGCGGGGGACUGGAGAGGUGGUGCGCGUCUAUAGCAUAUAUAUAACGCGCUUGCACUAUAAGCAUGGUGGUCGGCGUUUAGGUUUGCAUCGGAUGUUGGAACUACACGUCUUCAUUUGCAAGAAUACAUAGCAUGUAUAGAACUGGCGGUGUGUAGUCACUUUCACAGCGUCUCGAAUAAUAAUUGCUUCUCGUUAA